CGUACUACUGCUGCUCAACUUUGACACUUGAAGAACGUUUCUCACUGACCGAUCGGUCGAUCCAUCUCUGCUCUCGGUUCAACGCCGGCCGGCGACGUCGACCAGCUAUCUAGCUAGCGAGCGAGCUCGUGGCAUCGGUCGGUCGAUCGAUCGAACAUGGAGGAGUACUCAGCGUCCUCCUCCCAGCGCGGUGGCGGUGGCGGCCGCGGGGAGCUGCAGGGCCCGCGCCCGGCGCCGCUCAGGGUCCACAAGGACUCGCACAGGAUCAAGAAGCCGCCCGCCUCGCAGGUGCGGCAGCCGGUCAUCAUCUACACGGUGUCGCCCAAGGUCGUGCACGCCAACCCCGGCGAGUUCAUGUCCGUCGUGCAGCGCCUCACCGGCGCCUCCUCGUCAUCCUCCUCACUCCCACCGCCGCCACAGUCGACGCUCCCGUUCCCGUUCUUCCCGCAGCGGUCGUCGUCUUCCAUGCUCCCGCCGGCGUUGCCGCAAACGCUGCCGUUCCCGUUCCAGCUCCAGCAAGCAUCUGGGCCGCAGGCGCACGAGGGUGCGCUGCUCCAGCAUCAGCACUCGCCUGCCGCGCGCCUCGCUGCCAUCGAGCAGGCGUCGGCGCCAGCCGCACGGAGCACCGGUGUUCAUCGUGGAGGGCUGCCGCCGCUGCCGAGCAUCCUGUCUCCGGUGCCGGGAUCUCUCCCGGCGAUCCCACCGGGCUUCUUCUCUCCGCCGGCCGGCGGAGCUGGCGGUGGCAUCAAUCUGUUCGGCGAGCUGAUCAGCCCGGCAUUCCAUGGCCACGGCGCGCUAACCGGCACCACCGCCGGUGCAAGUCCUACACCAAUGUCAUUACAGUAUUUCCCCGCUGCAGCUGCGCCGUCGCCGUCGACCCCCUACUAUUGGGAUCUCUUCAACAACCACCCAAACCACCUAUAAAUGCAUCUGCAAGACUGCGUGUGGUCAGCUAGUUACACGCGUGGCUACUACUCUAUAUAGUACGUAUAUCGGUAUAUGAUCGAUUGAUUUCCAUUUCCAUGCAUAUGCGUCGCCGUCUGACAGAAUUGGUAGUUUUUUAGGGGAGAGAAACAGGAUUAGUAGCUAUCUUAUACAUUUGGCAUUGAUGAGAUGUGAUAGGAGCGAAGACAUUAAGAGCAAGUUAGAUAGAUAGAUAGCCUAAGUCAGCUGGUACUGCUGAUUACCCGCAUGCUAACUGCAACGAAGCUUCAUCCAAGCUAGCAAGCUCGUGUCUGCUCUGCUACGUAGUCAGCUGGUAUAUGUUUGCACCCCAACUUUGGAGGUGAUCGAUGAUAGAGAAUUAGAUAGAGAUCAUAUGGAAGACUCUCAACUGAUGUAUUCAUUAUUUCUUAUACAUAAUUGA